CAAAGGGAGGGCAGAGCGGAUUGGCUGUCCGUUGUUAGGCGCCUCCGCCAAUGGUGGAGCGGCUUACUGUUGCUGCUGGAAGAUGGCGGACCGGCUUACGCAGCUGCAGGACGCGGUCAACUCGCUAGCAGACCAGUUCUGUAACGCUAUUGGUGUCUUGCAGCAGUGUGCUCCUCCUGCAUCAUUUACAAACAUCCAAACUGCCAUAAACAAAGACCAGCCAUCUAAUCCAACUGAAGAGUAUGCACAGCUUUUUGCUGCACUGAUUGCGCGAACUGCAAAAGACAUUGACGUGUUAGUUGACUCAUUGCCGAGUGAAGAAUCGACAGCAGCAUUGCAGGCUGCGAGCUUGCGUCAGUUGGAAGAGGAGAACCACGAGGCUGCAGCUCUGCUGGAAGAAGUUGUUUAUCGGGGUGACAUGCUGUUGGAGAAGAUACAGAGCGCAUUAGCGGACAUUGCCCAGUCACAGCUUGGAACAAGGAGCAACGGUCGCAGUCAGCAUGUCCCCGAGUCCUAGCAGCAGGAGGCAGCGCACUGCGCAGAAAAUGAUGGUGCGAUCUACACUUUUGUGAAGAAAUGACUGGAGCAUUUAUUUCAUGGGGCAGCGGGCAGGGAAAAAAGAGAAAAGGGUUUUUGUAAAAUGGAUAGAACAUCAGCACUGAGGUUAAAAUUUAUUGCAAUUUUUUUCCUGGGAGCUUAAAAAAUGAUUUUUUUGUUGUGCAAGUUAAUCUGGAGAUUAACUCCAGGUCAGUAAAUAUGGAGCAUUCCUUCCCUCCCCUAUUCACCCCCUCCCCUCCUAUUUUGGUCAGCGUUCAGUUUUAAAUUCAAGGUUAUAUUUUGGGUUCUCCCUCCCCCAACCACUCUUUGGGGAUUUGAUUGAAAAUGGGGAAACUAAGUUCUUCCAUACUGUGUGGUCUUCUCUAAUAUCAUUCUGAAAUUUGUUGUAUCCCCAGUUUUGAAAUUGGAUGCUGCUCAGUGGGUAACAUUUAUCCUUGUGUUGUAAAACAGUAUCGGACAUAAGCACAGCAUUUUAUAGGAAUCGGAAUGCUAAAUGUCGCUGUGACCAUUGGCUGCAUUAAAAUUGCUGUGCGGGUUCCAGGAAGAGUGAGCUGACUUAAAUCACUGAAGUAGGAUUGCCAACCUUCUGGGAUUGGCCUAGAGUCCCCAGGAAUUGAAGAUCAAUCUCCAGGAUGUUACUGUGCACAACCCUGGAGAAAAAUCAUUGGGACAUUAAACAAAGACAGUUUUUAAAAAAAAUGUUCUUUGAACAUUUCUGUUUGCCAGGUAUAAAAAUAGGUGAAAAGGGCUGUUUGGCUGACAGUCGAGCAUCAUCCAAUUGGGUAAUGAAUCUUUUUGCUUUUCAAUUGGAGGAGGAAGACAGUGCAUCACAAAGUAGGAUGUAUUGGCCGACUAAUGGCCGGAGCAUGGGGGCAAGUGGAGCAUGUGGUGAAUUCUCCAGAAAUAUAUUUAAUCACAGUUGGCAACCCAACCUAAAGUUCUGUUGUCUAAGCUGUGCUGUUGUUGGGGGGUUUUGAGGGCUUGUCAAUGCAUGUAUAUGAAGCUAACAGUGACACUAUGGACAAUACACAGGCAGAAUAGUGCCUUACUGAGGAGAUGGGGGAGAGAAACCCAUGCUUUGACACAUCCCCAGUGAAAAUUGCUCCUGCUGCUGGAGAGAAGUGGAUCUCCCUCGGUCUCAGCGAGACCCACACACUAAGGGAGCUGGUGACCUGAGCCCAGCAAACACUGCUGCACUAGCAGAACCUGGAUUUUACUCUCUUACCAAUUCAUUCUCCUGAUUAAAUGCUUUGUGUUUUGUUGAGAAUGGACUUGCUGAUUUAGCGGUUGAGCUUUGGUUUAAUCAGGUUGUGGAUAUGCAUUGAACAGGAGUUAUUACGCUUGUAGCUGCUUUUGAAUCUUAUUCCCCCGCUCCUCCCACACUGUUAGCUCAUGGGAAAUAUUUCCAAUUAAGUUACAUUGCGCAGAUGAUGCAUUUGGUACAUUCUCUGUUCUGCGGUUAUACUUUGUUGUAAGCAUUUGUGGCACCGUGACAUUUUGUUGAAAAGAAUUCAAGUUGAAGAUUAAAGAAAUUGUGCAAUGCCA